AUCAUGGAGAUUUUGUACCCAUCUCUAGGAAUAGUUGUUAUUGCAUAAACUCAGUUUUAUAUAAAAGGGUUAUGCCAAAUAUUAUUACCUGCACCUAUGCGUCUGAAUAGGUACCUAUGCAGAAGAAUUCAAAAUUUUAAAGAGAAAUGUCUUCAAUUACUUCUACAGAGUUAUCCAGAACUCAGGAGGAGUUGGAUAAUUCCAAAAUUACCAUUAAUUCCAACAACAGCAAAAUUAUUUUAGAAAAUAAUUCAUCUGAUGUAACCAUCUCCAAGUAUGAGGGGCCUGCUUCAUUUACCAAUUUACCUCAAACUUCAUCUUCGUCGGUAAUGAUGAAAACUCAAGUUUUACCAGUAGUAUACUUUCAAAAUUCUUCUAAAGUACCACUGUCAAGUGUUGGUAAAACGAACAAUGUCAUUGUGAAUAAUAUUUCACAAUUUCAGCUUGCAUCUCUGGCACCGAACACAAAUAGAACAACGACAGUUUCUACAGCUGGUACUGUAUCCUCAAAUCAGAACGUGAUUUUUACUACAGGGAGACCACAGUCUUUGGUAAUACAAAAGCCGCAGGGCAAUUUAUUGCCUGUGGUACCAGUACCUAUCAAUACGACUGCUACCAAAAUUGCAAGUGUUUUAACCGUACUUAAGCAAACUCAAAAAAGUAGCGAUUCUAUCGGUUCAAAUGUAAAUACUAUUCAGAUUAACAAAACUGAUAUAAACAAAUUGCACGAUUUUCCUGUCAUCAACAACAACAAUACCUUCAUUCAACCUCAAAAUUCAUCACAAAAAUUUAUUCUAACUCCAAUGCCUAAAUUAUCUUCAGGAGCUGCAGUCAAUAGUGUACAGUCGAAAAUAACGUUAUUACCCAUGCCUGUACCCAAUUCGGAACCAAUGGUCACCAAACAGCGAGUAUACAGUAAUAUUAAAAUAAGCGAUGGGCAGCUUCAAAGUGAUUCCACAAGUAUAACACUCAUGUGUGAUAAUCAUUCAAAUGAAAAUAGUAUGGAUGUGGACAGUAAUAGCGAGAACUUAGUGUGUGAUGAAGUGAUUGACUUGGACAGUUCAGAAAAAAAUGAUCUUGUUAACAAGUCAUACGAACUCAGCAUAACGGAAGAUUCUACCAGUUCCCAAAACGAGCUUCGCACUUCUGUAAUACUUUCUAGACCUCCUACAAAAGAGUUACCCAAGUUUUCAAAGCAUGGUGUGUCAAUUUUGAAAAAAAACUAUAGUUUUUCAGAGCGAAAAGUGGGAAAACCAAAUAGUUUGAUUAUCACCAACAGCACGAGCCCAAUUUCCGAAAGCAAGGAGAUAUCAGUAUCAAAACCAAGUACAAGUGAGACUGAAAGUGUGAUUGUAACUGUCCCUGCUCCCUCCAAACCAGAAAAAGAACGUAGGAGAAAAGCAAAUUUUUGUUACCGUAAAGAUUUUGAUGAGAUGGAAGUAACAUCCAACAACUCCUAUGGUCUGGAAACUUCUAGUAAACCUUCAUAUGAAAUUACAAAAUGUUCAGUAGUUACUGUAGAUGAACCCAAGAAGAAUCUCACUAGUGAAGUUGAAAUAGAGCUCAUAAAAGAAAAACCAACUCUUACGUCCGAGGAAUGUGAUCUCCACAAAGUUCUAAACUGGGAUGAUGGAAUCGGAACAUUACCAGGUACUCAAGUUAAAUUUAUUCUGAACGAGUUCAAUUUAGUUGAAUACAUCACUGAGGAAGAGUUCAAGGCAAUAAUUGAUAAACGUAUUGCAAAAGCAAAGGAAAAAAUGAAAACAGACUUUCCAGAAGAAAUGCGUUGUUUGCAAUGUGGUUGUUACGGUUUAGUUUCUGAUUUCAUAAACCCCAAAUUUUGUAGCUAUAACUGUCAGGAGUCUAAUGAAGCUAAAAGUAAAAAAGAAAAAGAUGAUAAAUUCAAAAAGAAAAAGAAGAAACUCAAAGAUCCAUCACCUGAAACUGAGAAAGAAGAAGAAAAUGAACCAGUAUUUCGUGAUUUUCUCCAAGUCAAGGCUUCCUCAUGCCCUUGGACUUGCAAGAAAAAGGGCUUCUCCUGGUCAAAAUACCUUGAACAUAUGAAAGUCAAAGCUGCUCCAGUAAAACUAUUUAAAGACCCCUUUCCUUAUACUAGAAAUGGGUUCAGACCUGGGAUGAAACUUGAAGGUGUCGAUCCUCAGCAUCCUUCCUAUUUCUGCGUUUUUACAGUUGCUGAAACUGUUGGAUACCGCAUAAGGUUGCAUUUCGAUGGAUAUCCCGACAACUAUGAUUUUUGGUGCAAUGCUGACAGUAUGGAUAUAUUUCCAGUGGGUUGGUGUGAAAAAUAUGGACAUGUUCUACAACCACCAGCUGGCUUCACUGUAGAGAACUUCAACUGGAUACAGUAUUUGAAGCAAACUAAGGCUGGUGCAGCACCAAAGCAUCUAUUUGCUAAUAGAGCUGGUCAGUCAAUUUGUCCUAAUGGAUUUAGGGUUGGUAUGAAACUAGAAGCUGUUGACAGGAAAAAUACUUCCCUAGUUUGUGUGGCGACUAUUCGAGAUAUGAUGGAUAAUAGGAUUUUAGUUCAUUUUGACAGUUGGGAUGACAUAUAUGAUUACUGGGCUGAUCCCACAUCACCCUACAUUCACCCAGUGGGGUGGUGUGACCAAUAUGGACAUAACCUCACUCCUCCAAACGAUAAGAAAUUAAAGAAAAUACAGAAAAAUGCUGAUGAAAAUCUCGAUAAAGACUACCCUAACCCAGAAUCUUUCUCCUGGGAGGUCUAUUUGAAAGAACGUAAAGCAGUGGCUGCCCCAGUGAGGGCCUUCAAACAGCGUCCAGCAUGCGGUUUCAAGCGAGGAAUGAGAUUAGAAUGCGUCGACAAACGAGUUCCACAGCUCAUUAGAGUGGCCACAGUCGAUGAUGUCAAAGAGCACCAGAUCAGAAUUCACUUCGAUGGUUGGAUAGAUAGAUAUAGCUAUUGGGUGGACGACGACAGUCCUGAUAUUCAUCCCAUGGGUUGGUGUCAAAAGACAGGGCAUCCACUAGAACCGCCAUUGACUCCAGAUGAUGUUUAUGAUUUCCUGGAAUGUCCAACUGUGGGCUGUAGGGGCGUUGGUCACAUUAAAGGCCCAAAGUUUGCAACACAUUCUGUAGAGAAAAACUGUCCAUAUGCAGAAGACAAUGUCGAUGCCGAAAAAGUAUUACCCGAUAGACUUCUUAGUCCAGACAAAAGCCCUGAAGCAGUGGUUCCUGUAUCUAGGGAACCCAAAGAAUGUAAAAUUAAACCGAGAGUUGGCCGCCCACCAAAGCGUCCCUGUCCGGAGUCGUCGAAACCUGUGGAACCAAGUGAAGAAAGUGAGGAACCUCCAAAAAAGAAGCCCAAGAGGGAACACAAAAAAAUAGUGAAACAGGAGAGCAUGGAAUCUCCUGAGGAAAAAGCUAAAAUCCUCAUAGAGCAGUCGAAACUUCUGCCUGCAGAGCGGGAAUCUUGGCACCAGCAUUCAGAAUUUCUGAAGAAAUACAUAAAGAGCGAAUCUGAUCCUCGAUUCUGGUCAAAUCGCGAAGUGGUGAAUUUUGUUUCCAGAAUUCCGUGUUGCGGUAGAGACUAUGACGUUUUUCGUAAUGAGAAAAUCGAUGGCGAAGCCUUUUUGUCGCUCAGUCAAAUAGACCUUCUCAAUUUAUUGAAAAUGAAGGUCGGUCCUGCUAUCAAGCUGUAUAAUAGUAUUGUAUUAUUGAGGCAUCAUGUGGACCAGAAGAUUUAUAUGUAAAGUGCAGUAAAAGUGAUAUUUUGAGACUGCUUGUUAUUUUAUGACUAAUGAUGUUGACUUUUUUUAAUGUAAAUUGUAUAUAGACAUUAUGAAGAAUAUACCUUUUAAUUUUUUA